AUGGAGGAGGAGAUGACGUUUGCGACGGCAAGCAGAGUGACAGAAAGGAUGGAGAAGAUGGGGAAGGAAAUUGAGUUCAACGUUUAUUGGGCUUCGUUAUUCAUUCUCCCUAAGAAAGUGGUAACAGAGAUUGAAUCUUGUCUGAGGGCUUUCUUUUGGAAUGGUCCUGAUUUGAAAAAGAUCGGAGCAAAAGUUGUUUGGGUGCACCUUUGCGUCCCUCAGAAUGAGGGUGGUCUAGGGUUUAAAUCUAUUGAGGUGUGGAAUAAAGCUGCUAUUGCCAAGCAUGUUUGGUUUUUGCUGUCAGGGGGUGAGCAAUCCAUGUGGUGUCAAUGGGCUAAGUCUUAUUUGUUAAAGGGUAUAAGUUUUUGGUGCCUCAAAGUUCCUAGUGACCCUUCCUGGGUCUGGAGAAAGCUUCUUGAUUUGAGGAGUAUUAUUGCUCCCCUGAUUAAAUAUAAUGUUGGUAAUGGGAAGACAAUUGUUGGUUAG